AGACUAACAGAUCGGUUUCUACAGCAGGAAGUCAUCACAGCACUGAUAGAAACAUGUUACCUCUCUGUGUUUCUAAAUGCAGCUUCUAGGUCAGUAUAUUAGUGAGAACAUCCUGAUUUUAGAUCUUCUACAACUGGUUUUCUUUUCUUCCUCAAACUGAUCAGCGGACUCAGAUGGAUGAAGGUUUCUGAUGAAGAUGAUCAGACUUAUUUCUACAGAGGUUUCCUGGGAGAAGAUGAUCUGCAGGAUCCUGCUGCUCAUCAUCCUCAACUCAUGUCUCUGUGCAACAUUUGUAGUGAAUGUGACACAGAGCUGCUAUCAGGCAGAGGAGAACCACAACAUCACUCUGGAGUGGACCUUCACCACCAGACCUCAUGGAUCCUGGAGACAACUUUUUAUCCUCUGUGAAGUUAUAGCUCCUCCCAGAGGACUGGUUCUGUAUCAGGUCCAUGAUGGUGUUGAGGUGUCAGAGUCUCAGGAUGAACAGUUUUCAGGACGAGUCCAGAGUGACAAAGACGUCCUCAGAGAAGGACGAAUCAGACUCCAUGUGUCCAGACUGAGGACUGAAGACUCUGGUCUGUAUCUGUGUGACGUGAAAACUGAUGAAGGUUUCAACUCUGGAAAAUGUUGUCUCAACGUUUCUGGAGUUGCUGAUCAGCUUCAACUUCAGAGACCAACUUUGACUCCAGAAACAGAGAAAUGGAUAAUGAUCAUCUGGAUUACAUCAGCAGCAGUUUUGGUUUUAUUCAUUAUUAUAUUCUCAGUUUUAAUAUUUAUUUGUAAGAGAAAUCAAGCUUCAUUCGUCUACAGAGACGUUCUGUGUCUCAAAGAAACAAUAUGAACUCUGAAAGGAUUUUCAAAGAAAAUUCUUGAAGUUCUGUUUUAAAGAACUGAAAAACUUUAAAAUCUGUUUUCAAUACAAGAAGAUAUUAUUUUAAAUGCAUAUUACCUUGUAUACGGUGUAUCACAAAAGUGAGUACACCCCUCACAUUCCUGCAGAUAUUUAAGUAUGUUUUCAUGGGACAACAUUGACAAAAUGACACGUUGACACAAUGAAUAUUAGUCUGUGUGCAGCUUAUAUAACAGUGUAAAUUUAUUCUUCUCUCAAAAUAACUCAAGAUACAGCCACUAAUGUCUGAACCACCAGCAACAAAAGUGAGUACACCCCUAAGAGACUACGUCCAAACUGAGCACUCUUGUCAUUUUCCCUCCAAAAUGUCAUGUGACUCGUUAGUGUUACUAGGUCUCAGGUGUGCAUAGGGAGCAGGUGUGUUUAAUUUGUAGUACAGCUCUCGCCCUCUCAUACUGGUCACUGAAAGUUCCAACAUGGCACCUCAUGGCAAAGAACUCUGAGGAUCUUAAAAGACAAAUUGUUGCGCUACAUGAAGAUGGCCAAGGCUACAAGAGGAUUGUCAACACCCUGAAACUGAGCUGCAGCACCGUGGCCAAGAUCAUCCAGCGUUUAAAAGAAGGGUCCACUCAGAACAGACCUCGCGUUGGUCGUCCAAAGCAGCUGAAUGCACGUGCUCAGCGUCACAUCCUAAUGCUGUCUGAAAGAUAGGCGCAGGAAUGCUGUCAGCAUUGCUGCAGAGAUGAAGAGGUGGAGGGUCAGCUUGUCAUUAAAUUGGUCUGCAUGGCCGUCAUCCCAGAAGAAAGCCUCUUCUGAAGUCUGUCCACAAGAAAGCCCACAAACAGUUUGCUGAAGACAUGUCAACAAAGGACAUGGAUUACUGGAACCAUGUCCUAUGGUCUGAUGAGACCAAGAUUAAUUUGUCUGGUUCAGAUGGUCUCAAGCAUGUGUGGCGGGAAUCAGGUGAGGAGUACAAAGAUAAGUGUGUGAUGCCUACAGUCAAGCAUGGUGGUGGGAACGCCAUGGUCUGGGACUGCAUGCGUUCAGCAGGUGUUGGGGAGUUACAUUUCAUUCAGGGACACAUGAACCCCAAUAUGUACGGUGAAAUACUGAAGCAGAGCAUGAUCCCCUCCCUCUGGAAACUGGGUCGCAUUGCAGUGUUCCAGCAUGAUAAUGACCCCAAACACACCUCUAAGACGACCACUGAUUUAUUGAAGAGGCUGAGGGUAAAGGUGAUGGACUGGCCAAGCAUCUCUCCAGACCUAAACCCAAAAGAACAUCUUUGCGGGAUCCUCAAGCGUAAGGUGGAGGAGCGCCAAGUCUCGAAUAUCCGCCAGGUCCGUGAUGUCGUCAUGGAGGAGUGGAAAAGCAUUCCAGUGGCAACCUGUGAAGCUCUGGUAAACUCCAUGCCCAGGAGAGUUAAGGCAGUUCUGGUAAAUAAUGGUGGCCACACAAAAUAUUGACACUUCAGGAACUUUCACUAAGGGGUGUACUCACUUUUGUUGCUGGUGGUUCAGACAUUCAUGGCUGUAUCUUGAGUUAUUUUGAGAGAAGAAUAAAUUUACACUGUUAUAUAAGCUGCACACAGACUAAUAUUCAUUGUGUCAACGUAUCAUUUUGUCAAUGUUGUCCCAUGAAAACAUACUUAAAUAUCUGCUGGAAUGUGAGGGGUGUACUCACUUUUGUGAUACACUGUAUUUACUACUGUUGACUUUAUCAUUAAUAAUCUGCUGUGAUUUCAUUGUAAAUAACUCUAGUGUCUAAUCAGAUGUUUCAUAUUUAAUUAAAGUCGUUUUAAAGUU